AUGAUGACCAUUCCAAAAAUUCUGUCGUCCUUCUUUCUACUCUUGGUGCCUUUGUUGUCAUCAUUAUUGGCAAAUGCCUUAUCAUCAUCAUCAUCAUCAUCAGUGACCAAACCAGCACGGUUCAUUACCAAUAAAAUGUGUCCCUUUGCUCAAAAGGCAUGGAUUGCUUUAGAGGCUUCCAAUGCUGACUAUAGCUUGGAACAAGUUUCUCUCUACGGUGCAGGCGGUAAGCCCGAUUGGUUUUGGGAAUUGAAUCCUCAAGGCACGGUCCCCGUCUUGGUCGUGUCAACAACAGAUGACUCAACUGAUGAUGAUGCUGUUGUUGUUAUACCCGACUCGGAUCUCAUUUUGAAUGACAUUGCUCAAGUUCCUGGUGGUGAAACACUGAUUCCGACCGAUGAUCCAGAAGCAGCCGAGUCAGUGAAAAAGUUUCGUCAAUGCCUGUCCGAGUUCCUUCCGAUUGGAAAAAAGGCCGUCUUGGGUGUAUCCAAGGGCCCCAUGUGGAGCAAGCUAAAGGAACUCGAUGCUUUGGUGGUAGGCCCGUAUGUUUGUGGUGACUAUGUGACUGUGGCCGACUGCGCUGGCUUUCCCUUUUUGUGGCGGAUUGAAAACGAAUAUGGCAACUUGGAAAAGAAGGAUUGUCCCAAUUUGGCCAACUGGUUGCAAACCUGCAAGCAAAAUCCAGCCUUUUCCAAGACGGUCCAGUCUUCCUGGUGGUGGUGGUGGUAA